UCGGCUGUUGCAGGAAGUGGCGCUGACGGCUCGCCUCAGGUAGAACUACAAUGGCGCCUCUUGAUUUGGAUAAAUACGCGGAGAUCGCAAAACAGUGUAAAUACCUCCCAGAAAAUGACCUCAAGAGGUUAUGUGACUAUGUGUGUGAUCUCCUGCUGGAAGAGUCCAACGUUCAGCCUGUUUCCACUCCUGUAACAGUAUGCGGUGACAUACAUGGACAGUUCUAUGAUCUUUGUGAACUUUUCCGAACUGGUGGACAGGUUCCAGACACAAAUUACAUCUUCAUGGGAGACUUUGUUGACCGUGGAUAUUAUAGUUUGGAGACGUUCACUUACCUGCUGGUUCUGAAAGCCAAGUGGCCUGAUCGCAUCACACUCCUAAGAGGAAACCACGAGAGCAGACAGAUCACACAAGUUUACGGUUUUUACGAUGAAUGUCAGACCAAAUAUGGGAAUGCGAAUGCCUGGCGUUACUGCACCAAAGUAUUUGAUAUGUUAACAGUUGCUGCUCUGAUGGAUGAACAGAUCCUGUGUGUCCACGGAGGCCUGUCUCCAGACAUUAAAACCCUAGAUCAGAUUAGAACCAUCGAGCGGAACCAGGAGAUCCCUCACAAAGGAGCGUUUUGUGACCUGGUGUGGUCAGACCCUGAAGACGUGGACACCUGGGCCAUCAGUCCCAGAGGAGCUGGCUGGCUGUUCGGUGCAAAGGUUACAAAUGAGUUUGUUCACAUCAACAACCUGAAGCUGAUCUGCCGAGCGCACCAACUUGUCCACGAAGGCUACAAGUUCAUGUUUGAUGAGAAGCUCGUCACCGUGUGGUCGGCUCCAAACUACUGCUACCGCUGUGGCAACAUCGCCUCCAUUAUGGUCUUUAAAGACGCUAACACAAGAGAGCCCAAGCUCUUCAGAGCUGUGCCUGACUCCGAAAGGGUCAUUCCGCCUCGAACAACAACACCGUAUUUCCUGUAGAGAAACAAAAGCUUCAACCAUGGUGCCAUCUGUUCUGUGCACAGAUUCCGACUGGGACGGUGGCAUUAGCACUUGUGAACCCAUAUAAAUUUUGUAUAGUACAUUUAGAGUAUAUCAAACGCUUCUCUUGGUGCCAACUGUUGACAGUAAUUACCAAUCUGUUGACAUAUACGCCAUUACUCUGCAUCUUCAAUCUCACUGAGACAUUACAGAAAAGUAUGUUGGCUCAACAAAAUCACUGCACUGUCAAAUUGUUUUAUAGAGGAAGGAUUAAAACAACUCAAAAGCUAACUGAUCCUUGUAAAAUGUUCAUAUUUAUAGAUAUCCUUUUUACUUUUACCAUAAAAACUCACUCAGAUGAGUAAAGUGCAGUUGUAGUGUUAUAUACAAUAUUUCAUUUUAUUUUGUUAUGGUAAUGUAUUAAAGCCUCUUGUAAGAUAACGAUGACGCACUGCACAAAAUCAGAUCGGAAGUUAUUCUGACAUGUAUGCUGUUCCAAUGGAGUUAUUCGCUUAGUGUUAUUAUGUGAUCUUAUAAAUAAACAAGUUGAUGUGUAAAA